GAAAGAAAAGAGCUCGCGUGUGAUGUGUUUGUGUAUCCUCAGUGUUUUUCUCUCUUGAGUGUUUCAUUGAGUGUAAACAGAGUCUUGUCUCUGUGUAUUUUAGUGUUGAUGAUGAGAUGGAUGUGAUGUGCUGUAAAUCAGGAACUGAUCAGGGCUUACAGGAUGAGGAAUCUACUGAUCAAACCUCCACAGAGUCUCUGGAUUCUGUCUGGAACGCUGGAGAACAACAGCAGAUCCUGCAGACCAAACUCAAGAUGUGUUCAGUCAAACUCACCGACUGCAGGAACCUCAUGAUAGAGAUGGGAAAAGAAACCACAGAAGAGGAAGAUAACACUGAGGAAGAAGAUGAGGGUUGUGGUGAGGAUUUUAUUCCUUCAGAUAAGAAAAGUGAUUUAUGUUUUGAGGGAGAAAUAACGUCCUUAACAUCAAAACGGCGACGGACAGCACAAACUUUUUCCUGCACCACCUGUGGAAAGACAUUGAGCUCACAGGGACAUUUAAAGAGACAUGAGAGAAAACACAAUGAAGAGAAACUCUUCACCUGCAGGAGAUGUAAGAUCAGCUUUACUACCUUACAAGAGAAGAAACUUCAUUCAGAAGAGCACAGAGGGAAGAAGUUACACUGUGAGAAAAGUGAUGAAAAGUUUUUCCAAUGCACUGAAUGUGGCAAAUAUUUCAGUACCAAAGGAAAUCUUGAUGCUCAUCAGAGAAUUCACACAGGAGAAAAACCAUACGAGUGUCCUCACUGUAAAAAGAGAUUUAGAUACAAACCUUAUCUGAAGAAACAUAUGCGUUUACAUACCAAUGAGAGACCGUAUCAGUGCAGUGAAUGUGGAAAAACCUUUAGGCAGCUAUCUUCUCUAAAGUCACAUCAAAAAAUACACAGUGAGGAGAAACUCCAUCAAUGUUCACACUGUGAUAAACGUUUUCAUCAUAAAGGUCAGUUGAUCGUUCAUGAGAGACUUCACACUGGAGAAAAACCUUAUCUCUGCUCUCAUUGUGGUAAGAGCUUCUCUAAUCCAUCUCAUUUCAGUGUUCAUCAGAGAGUUCACACUGGAGAGAAACCUUAUCACUGUAAUGUCUGUGGGAAGAGUUUUAAUGUACAAUCACACUUUGCAAAGCACCAGAGAACUCAUACAGGAGAAAGACUUUACAAAUGUUCUCAGUGUGAGAAGACGUUUGCUCGAUCAGAUGUCCUGAAGAUGCAUGAGAGAGUUCACACUGGAGAGAAACCUUACCACUGCUUGAUCUGUGGAGAGAGAUUUGCAUAUUUAGGAAGUUUUUAUACUCACAAGAAGAAACAUACUGAAGAACAAACUACACUGAAAUCAUCAUAGCGUCUUUUAACUUUGGAAUAAUUCAGUUUAAACACACAGUUCUUAUAUUCUUGUAGUCUUUUUUUGUGAAAUCAAUUUUCUGUUAUAUAUUGUAUUUUCUGGUUUAUAAGUCUUCAAAAUUUUUAUUACCUUGCAUGCAUGUCUGCUUAUGACCAAUAUGCUUGCAUGGUAAUACAAAUUUUGAAGAAUCUUGAUACUUGCGCCCAAACUGUGAAUCUUUUAGAAAUCAUUAUAUUAUUAUUGAUUUCUAAGGGAUUUUUGAUAAAAUAUAUGCAGGCUUGAUGAGCGUAAGAGACGUCUUUCAAAAACAUUAAAAAUUGUAAUGUGUCCAAACUUUUGGGUGGUACAGUAAUUCUGUAUGAUAGCAGAAAACUGGCUAACAGAAUGUAGAAGAAAGAGCAUCACAGCUUGAGCUAGCUACAUGAUAGCUAGCAUCAUAAAUGUUCAAUGAAAUAAUGCUAGCUUAUAUGGAGAUAUCUGAUUUACUGGCUAGCUACCUAGCUUCUGUAUAAACACAUUUGCUAGUUAAACUAUAAUACCAUAUAUCAAAUAUAUUUAUCCAAGAUUUAUCAUCAGAACUAACUUGACUUGAUGUAGUCAUUCAGCUUAAAUGCAGCAAGUGUGGCUUCUGUGGUAGUCAAAGACUGGAAAAUGGAAGGGAAUCCCCCCCCCUUAAUGGAUUUUUUUUAUUUCAUGAGGUGUGUUUGUAUGCAUUUUGGUAUUAUUUUGUGUGCAGGAUUGAAGAAAUGAUCUAGGCAUGUUAUGGAAGAAUGCAUGCAGGGCGUCAAUGACCCUUUAGUAACCUGUGUGCAUAUGACUGAAAAAUUUGCAGGGUAGAAAUGUAAUUAAAUUUAAAUUGCAGUAAACCUUAACUUAAACAAAAUUAAGCUGCAAGUUCCAUUUAGAGAAGUUUGCAUUUUUUUAAAUUCCCAUAUAAUUCGACAGCAGCUUAGCUUAGCCUGGGCUGUUUGAGCUUAGCUGGCGACUGACAUAUUCCUGUGGGUGGAGUAUAGUCAAAAACUCUUGGUUUGACAUCAUUCAACCGGGAAGUAUAGGGCUGUAGUCCAAACCGGAUGUUCUCUGUAGGCUUUGAAAGGAGACUUCUGUUAAAGAAAAUAUAUCGCCUGGCAGUGAACUUUGACCUUUAUCCUUUUGCAGUUAUUAUUUAUGCUCUAACAGCAACAUUACACACUAACUAAAGUUUGAAAAAUUGGAUCAGGAAGAACAGGACCUUUUAAUGCCGAAACCUAGGAGCCAAGUGCUUGAUUAAAGGAAACAUUGAUCACUAUAAUGGUGACUUCAAAAAACCAUAAUAGAAAUAAACUCAAACAGGUUUGUAAUAAGUGAAAAUGGUAAUGGUGUUUGUUUUUAAUCUUCUUCUGGUGAGAUCUUGAGCGAUUGAUUGUGUUUAUCUGUUACUUACAGUUAAUGUUCAACUGUAGUUCAGUUGUACGUGUGUUUCUGUUGCGCUCUUCUCUUCUUGUUCAUCUUUUCUUCAGUGAUUAUUUUCACUCCCCUCCAGGAAACACGCAAAGCCAAAGUACUUUAUUAACUUAUGGAUUUAUUUUUGUCUCUUUAAUUCAUUUAUAAUCCACUGUCGAACUAUUUAAAAGCAGUAGAAAACAAAUAAAUCUAAGAAAUAAAGCAUUACCAAUACACAAACAUACCCUGCUGGCUGCAUACAAACUGAAAGGGAAAUGACUCGAGUCCAAGAUAAACGCAAUUAUAAUCACUUUAGACUCAGCAGUGUACCUACAUGACUGCGAGUUGACAUCUCGGGUCUCUCUCUCAGUUGCAGUGCAGCUACAACUAUAAAAGUGCGCAUGUAACCCCUGACCCGCAUGAAAAUAAACAAAACCAAUAAAUUUAAACAACAGCUAAAUUUAUGUUUGGUAACAGCAGGUGUUCAUCAUUAAUGUUCAUGUCAUUAUCUAUUUGAUUGGAUAAAUCAAAUAUUUUUUAAUACAUUUUAUUACUAAAUGUGAAUUUUUGUUUUGAUUUAAAUCAAUAUUUUUUUGUUAAAAUCAAAAAUAGAAUUUAAAUAAAUUGACACUUUUCAACAAGAAAAAUUUACUUUGUGGCAGGUUUCAAUUCAUAUAUGUAGAAAAUGUUAUUAGUUAAUUUUAAGGCAAGAUAGUUAAUUUUCAUUGGCUCAAUUUACAAAAUAUAGAUAGUGAACCAUUACCCAAACUUUUUUAAUCUGAUGAAUGAAAACCUUUGUGUACCCAAUAGGCUCACUAAAAUCAAAUUUUAAGUGUUUUUCAACAAGCUGCUCUUAAAGAAUGUACUUUAACUAUAUUUCCAGUCACUGCAAAUGAAUCUGAUCUAUAUACUGCUGUGCAAUAAUGGUUUUGGCAAUAUCUUUGUCCUUUUAACUUGCAUUUGUAUUUGACAAUUGACUACUGACAUUGGGAAUUUACAUGGGGGAUACUUGUUGAAGUCACUGUUGGGCUAACACAGGGUGUGAUUUGCUGGGAAGGGUCGGGAAAAACUUUCUGGUAUACGUCUGCAUUGACCUUGGACCUCAGACAACACAGUGAACCGACACCAGCAGAUGGCAUGGCACCCCAUACCAUCACUGACUGUGGAGAGUUUACACUGGACCUCAAGCACCGUGGAUUGUGUGCCUUUUCUCUCUUCCUCCAGACUCUGGGACCCUGAUUUUCAAAGGAAAUGCAAAAUUUACUUUUAUAAGAGAAAAAUAAGGUUGGACCACUCAGCAGCAGUCCAGUCCUGACGCUUCUGACACUGUCUGUUGUUCAAGAGUGUCUUGACACGAGGACCAACUUUGUGGAGAUGCAGAUUUCAUCUUCCAACCAACACUUGGAACCUGCACAUAGUGCCAAAGCUACCAGUACCUGGUGGUUUAAGGACCAUGUAUCCCUGAGAAGCUGAACGUGCAGCACCGGAUGAAGCUCAGUGAAACCUCUGUUGCAGUGUUGAUGAUGAUGGAUGUGAUGUGCUGUAAAUCAGUAGGAACUGAUCUGUCCAUGCUGGAUAUUGAUGAUUUCAUCACAGAAAUCUCUCAGCUAAAGAAAGAGGUGGCGUUACUGGAGACAAAGCUGAGGUUAAGAGGAGAUGAAGGACUGAAGAGAGAGGAUGUGGAUGUGGUUUGUUGUGAAUCUUCCACACAGGACUCCGAGCUCAGUCUGACUUUACUCUGUUAUACUGAGUCAAAGCCCACAGACGCUCAGGACACUACAGUGUGUGACAGUAAUCAGGGCUUACAGGAUGAGGAAUCUACUGAUCAAACCUCCACAGAGUCUCUGGAUUCUGUCUGGAACGCUGGAGAACAGCAGCAGAUCCUGCAGACCAAACUCAAGAUGUGUUCAGUCAAACUCAUCGACUGCACGAACCUCAUGAUGGAGACGGGAAGAGAAACCACAGCAGAGGAAGAUCACACUGAUGAUGAUGAUGAUGAUGAUGAUGGUGAUGAUGAUGAUGAUUUUAUUCCUUCAGAUGAGAAGAGUGAUUCAUGUUCUGAGGGAGAAAUAACGUCCUCAACAUCAAAAGAGCGAUGGACAGCACAAACUCAUUUCAGCAUCACCGGUGGAGAGACAUUGAGCUCACAGAGAAAUUCAGAGGAAAAACACACAAAACAGAAACUCUUCACCUGCAGGAGAUGUAAGAUCAGCUUUACUACCUUACAAGAGAAGAAACUUCAUUCACAAGAGCACAGAGAGAAGAAAAAGAAGUUACAAUGUAAGAAAAGUGAUGAAAAGUCUUUCCACUGCACUGAAUGUGACACACAUUUCAGUACCAAAGGAAAUCUUGAUGCUCAUAAGACAAUUCACACAGGAGAAAAACCAUACGAAUGUUCUCACUGUGAGAUGAGAUUCAGACUCAAACCUCAUCUGAAGAAACACAUGCUUAUACACACCAAUGAGAAACCGUAUCAGUGCAGUGAAUGUGGAAAAACCUUUAGGCAGCUAUCUUCUCUAAAGUCACAUCAAAAAAUACACAGUGAGGAAAAACUCCAUCAAUGUUCACACUGUGAUAAACGUUUUCGUCAUAGAAGUCAGUUGAUCGUUCAUGAAAGAGUUCACACUGGAGAGAAACCUUAUCUCUGCUCUCACUGUGGUAAGAGCUUCUCUAAUCCAACUUCUUUCAGUGUUCACCUGAGAGUUCACACUGGAGAGAAACCUUAUCACUGUAAUAUUUGUGGGAAGAGUUUUAAUCGGCAGUUUAACUUUGUAAUGCACCAGAGAAUUCAUACAGGAGAAAGACUUUACAAAUGCUCUCAGUGUGAGAAGACGUUUGCUCGACCAGAUGUCCUGAGAACCCAUGAGAGAGUUCAUACCGGAGAGAAACCUUACCACUGCUUGAUCUGUGGAGAGAGAUUUGCUUAUUUAGGAAGUUUUCAUACUCACAAGAAGAAACAUACUGAAGAACAAACUACACUGAAAUCAUCAUAGCAUCUUUUAACUUUGGAAUAAUUCAGUUUAGACACACAGUUCUAAUAUUCUUGUAAUCUUUUUUGUAAAACCAAUUUUUUGUUUUAUGACGAAAUAAAUCUGAUUAUUUAA